GUUUUUCUUUUCUCUCUAUCGUCUCUUCUCUCUUAGUUUUGUCUUAAAAUGGCAUCAAAAGGAAAGAAACCAAUAAGAAGAACAACUACAAGAGGAAGAAAAGGAAUUAAGAACCCAUCUCCUCCAUGUAGUAUCAGUAGUGACGUCACUUCAACGUCGACGAUUCCAGCCAGUGGAUGUUGUACUCCGAUAUCUAAGAAGUCACGAAUACCGGAGAUGCUGACGUGUCCGCCGGCGCCAAAGAAGCAAAAGGUGGCUCAGAACUUUGCUUUGAGUAGGAGACAAAUCUCUUUCUUUGCUCCUCCAGAUGUAGAGCUUUUCUUUCUUUUCGCACAUGGUCAACAAAUCAAAAAAAUAAGUUAAGUUUAUAGUUAGGGCUUAGUGGAUGUUCUCAUGGUAUGAUCAAUCUCAAGCUUAUGGUUUGGUUCAAAUACAAUAAUUGAAGGUAUAUUAUAGGGAGUGUAGUGUGAUGUUUUGCUUCUUUUCUUUUUGACUUGCUUUUUUCGCUCUCUCUUUGGUAUUUUCUAGGUUCUGAUAAUUUUGAAUUUGUGGUAGGUUCUGAUAAUUAAUCGAACACCCUAUCUAUUUUUAAUUAGUUAUUUUGUAACUUUCAAAUUAUGUUUGCUGUAAUGGAAUGAUGCUUGCUAACA